UGCCCGUUAGGGCAUGCUCGGGUUCCUCUCUACCGUCUCUCCUCCGCUGGAUAUUCCCUUUCUUCUGCGUCUUCCUAAUCGCUCGUCAAAGAAAUCCCAAGCAGUUGUGGUGAAUGGGUUCCCGUCCACCGUCCUCUGCCAGGAGAUGGCGUGGUCUCUUCAAUGGGAACGUUUAUCAUCGGCGUCGUGGAACUGCCAGAGUGGGACGGAGCUUGACGACCCCCUUCGGUUUAAAACUCGACGGGAUGAGAUUGAUGAGAGGGAAGAACGAGAGGGGGGAAGAACGAAAACACAAGAGGGAAUAGAAGAAGAAGAUCAUUUCAGGAAGUAGUAGCAGCUGCCAUUUUUCUCACUCACUCUUAUAAAGGUUUUAACCACGCGAUACCGUCUUUUGCAGCGAGUUCAGAAGUUCUGGAAGUUCGAAGAACUACCUGCGGCUGCGCAAAACCGUGUUUGGUAUUUGCGAAAGUUCCGUUCCUUUGCAUUUCUGCCGUUAAAAAAACAUGAUUUUUCUGAAACCUUAACUACUUCCCUGUUUGUGCUGCCUCUUCAAGAAGAAGCCGAAGUCGAAGAUGGUCUUCUUCCGUAGUCUCCUGCCCCGUCUCCAAACACUGAGACAUCCGCCGUUUCGUGCUUCUCUGCACUAUUCAGUUUUCGCCAGGAUGAAAGGGAAGGUCGCUCCCUUCCAGGACAAAGGCAAAAAGGUGGCGGCUUCGCAAGGCAACGAGUUGGUGGUAUGGAAGGGCGCAACUGAACAUGGGGAAUCAUCACCAAGGGAGCAACAUGGUUCCAGUACACAAACAUAUCUACCAUUGGGUAUAAUGUUGCCUCAUACAAUUUCCUUCCAAAUAGGAAAUAAAUUGAAAGAAAAGAGACUACGACUACGCUCCACGACUACAACCAUGUGCAUGCGCAGCUGGUGACAAAAGAAAAAGUUGUGAUGAUUCGGAAGGUGAUGACCAUUCUGGCGGAAGUGUGCAUCAGGAAAGAAAAGGUUGUGGUGGAUGGCUGAGUGAUGAAGAUUGAUGGAAAUGUGCUUACCUUACAUUUUAAUCCUAAUAGCUAAACUACUGGAGCGAGUUCCUUCCAUCAGGUGCAAUUGCUGGACUUCAAAAGAGUGGAGAUGAGCACAAAGAAUCUGGAUUAAAUAAAAGGAGCGUGUUAGUAUUACAUGUGAAGUUGGGCCAAGAGCGAAGCAUCAAGAUCUGCCCCUUGUAUUUUUAGAUUUUAUUUAUUGUUCUCUUUUGUUUGGAUCGCGAUAUAAAGGUGUUGAGAUUCAGUUGUAAUCGAGAUUAGUUCCAAUAAUGGAUUGCUGGGAGGUAGGUUCCCCA